UCACGUGAUUCUCCCCUCCUUCGUUAUCGUUUCUUUCCCACACAAAGCUAAAGUAUAAACAUUAAACAAAGAAUACGUAUUGCUUUCAUGUUUGUAUUGUAAAGUUUUCAUUUCGAUGUAAUGAAGAUUAGAAUGUUUUGACUUAUUGAUCGGUAUCCAUUAGGACCGUGUGGGUCUUGCGGCAGCUUGCCCAGUCCAAAGCGCGCAUGAUCGAGAUUCACAGUUCGCAGUUAUUGACUAGCUGGCCAGUCGAUCUGCCGCCUUAGUUCAAACAUGACCCUAACUUGAAACACCGUACGCAGGAUUCACGGUCAUUUUUUGGGACAUAUGGAAACUUACUUGCUUACCUCGGAGAUGUCUUGUUUGAAACUUACAUCGUCAGCGAUCUUCUAGUCAGUGUCGUACUCGUACGUAUAGGUGUGCGCGUUUUUAUUUCAUGAUAGGGUCCGCUCAUGGCUGUGUGUCGUGCCCCGUAGAGGUUAAACCAUGGGAGCCUCGCUCCACUCCUCUCACACAACGUUCGUCACAUUUUCAAAGGUCUGCAUCAAUACAUCCCCUUUCGGACGAGGACGAAAGUUCAAAACAGGAUCAGAGUUCUGCCUUUCAACGCAUCCCAAUUCAAAGUGUAACUGAUGAUAGCAAACUGAAGAUACGAAGACAGUCAAAUGGAGAAAAAGAUCCAAAAGCAGGAACUGACAUCGGGCAGCAAGAUUUUGUUAGUCCCAUUUAUCAUGGUCCUGAUACUUCUCAGCAGCAGGGUGAGGCUCAAAUGACCGUCUUAAUGAAACCCGUUGAAGAAAUCAGGUCAACCAUAAAUGAUGCCACCAUCAGAACUAAACAUUACAAAAGUGUUUUGCACCACCAUGGUCUUCAUCAUUCUUCAUUUGCGGUACACAGCAGUUUGGAUGAAGGUUCAACAAGGGAAGAUUUAAGAGAAAUAAUAAAAAUACCAUUAAGUCAUUAUGUCACAGUGAAAGGGGAUGACCAGCAGUCAUCUGAAUUAUCAUGUAUGGAACUAAAACCCAUGGACAGACAACAUGAACAUGACAUCUUAGCUCAAACGGAUUUUAAACAGAGAAAUGAGCUCCAUUUUCAUCAGCAUGCUGCACACCCUGAAUCAUCAGACCAAGAGUCUGUUUCUGAUGAAAUUUCACAUAGUGAGUUUCAACACACUGCUCAGAUUUCUUAUCCACCGAAUUCUGUAUCUUCCUCAAAUUUAACAAAUAGCUGGUCAGCCUGUGAAGCAGCACUUCCUGAUGUAGACGCUUUAACAACAGCUGCUGCAGCUGGGGACAUUGCAACAGUGAAAACCUUACUCAUGAAGGGUGUAGAUGUGAAUACACCUAACCGUUUUGGUAGAACAGCAGUCCAGGUGAUGGCUCAUGACAAUGCUGACCUGGCAGAAGUGCUUCUUGAGGCUGGUGGUGACCCUAAUGCACUAGAUAUAGGCAAAAGAACCGACACCAGCACACUGCGCACUGUUGCUCAUGAUGUUGCAGCUAGUGGCUACACAGAUGUGCUUCGCUGUCUCCUUCGUCAUGGUGCUGAUAUUAGUCUGCAGGACAGAUGGGGAAAUACUCCCUUGCAUCUUGCUGCUAAAGCUGGCCAUCUGUCAACAGUACGCUACUUGCGGAGAGGCGCCAGUCUCAACAUACCUAAUCACUUGGGAAAAACUGCUUUAAAUAUUAUGGAGGAAUCAAAAAACUUACAGAUACAACAAUGGGUGAAAAAGCGAAAAUGUACAGUGCCUCGACUGAAGACAUUGUGUACUCUGGCUGUCAGAAAAGAACUUGGGGCUCAUGGCUUGCGCUGCUGGAGGAAGCAUGUUCCAGAUGAAGCUAUUUGGCGUCAAAUAUUCCUUCAAAGUAGCAGAGCAGCAACUUUCAUGCCAUCAGCCUCAGCAAGUUUGUCCACAGAAUAUUCAACCAAGACACAGAAGUUCACAAUCCAAGAGGACGCUCCAGGUCCAUCAUUCACCUUUAGAAGUGAACAUCCAUUGGAAAUGCUUAGCCUGAGGGAUUUAGUUCCACGACGACUAUCGUCAGGGGAGAACACAUCGCUGGAAGUCCAGAACUGCAACAGUAUCCACUCAGGAGAUGAUAUGUCUUUAGGGGCGGCAGUGACAGGUAGUUUGUUGUCAGAGACCAGCUCUGUCUUCGAAAAUACCUUCUCCUCAGUUGAUCCUAGCCAUGACGAGUCUUUAUUUUCAUCUGACCAGUUUACAGAAGAGCUAGGUGGGAUCAAAAAAGUGGCAAGUGCAAAAUAAGAGCAUUGUAUAAAAACUUUGCAUUAAGUUGGGGGGAGGGAGGCAUUUAGCCAUAAUCUGGCAGAGAAGCAACAAAUAUCUCGUUAAUGUAACACUUCCUGACACAACCUCUGAAACAUCAACAAUCCAUUAUUUUAUUAUUAGUAUUAGUGAGUCAUAUUCACUUUUUGAUCCAUGCUAGUUUCAAGAUCAUAAUUACCAGAGAUGAAAUAUAUGCUAUUUCAGAGCUACAAAAUUUUGAUGAUUUUUGAAGAUUAAGUAAUUGUCCUGCUUUGAUUUCUUUAUAACACUUCCACUUGUGCUAGCUUAGACAACACAGUAGAUACUUUAGGUUGUGUUCACUUACAUGGCAUGUAUAAUAUUUUCCCUUUUGAGUAUACUUUUACAAUUGAUGCUCUUAAGUUAAUCGGUACAAUUUUCUUUUUCACUUUAAUGAAGUACCAACAUUUUCAGCUCUGAUUAACCCUUAUGUUUUCUUGUUAGUAGUAAAUAUACUUCUCAUUUAUACAUCAUGUUAAAAUUUACCUUUAGGGAGUGGUUUGGUGAACUUAAGAGUGUGUUUUAAAAAUGUAAGUUUAUAGAAUAAGCUUUAAUAUAUGAUGCAUGUGUUUACAAUGUGAUGAUGAAACAUUUCACCAAUGUAUAUUUACAGUGUUAAUUAUUUUCAGUAGUGAUGUUUAUUUCUUAAUGGUUAAAAUACUCGUUAGUCUCUCGAACAUAAAUUCAAGUUGCAUCUCCUACUUUCAUGUGAGAGACACAGCAAUAGCUUUCAUUUGCACUUCUCUAGUCAGCCCUAAAUUUUUGUAAUUUCAUGGGAGUUUGGUUUAUGCUUCCUCUCACCUUACUUUCCUUUUUUUUCUUUUGUUCGUUCCAUUCAUUUGAUAAUUAUUUUUGUGGCAUUAUAUUGUCAGUGUUAAGUAUCAUUAAAAACUAUCUACUAGUCCA